GCAGGCUUUGGGCCUUGAAGCACUGUACAGAAGGAAUGGUAGGCCCGGAAGUCUUCGUUCGAGUUCACGUGCGAAUUGCGGACGAUGAGUUCUGGGGAAAGUUAACCAGCAAGGACAACGGUGAAACCGUUGAGAUCAUGGACCGCUCGCGGUCGCCGUCGCCGAGGCGAUAA